AUGACCGUCCUGUCUCGAAGUUAUAAUUCUGCUAAUGGUUACUUUCGGUGACAGGAUUUCCGUAAGGCUGUGCCACGAUGUAGACUGCGCAUGCGCUCUUUGGGGACGCAUGUCGUACACAGGUUGGAGCGCUCUUCACUGUAACAUGCGUUGUGAUGAGCGUGCAUUGGACCGACAGAUAGGCCUCGACCCACAAUCUCUCACACGUGCUGAUAGGAGGCUUCUAACUGCCAGCUGCAUGGCCAUAGACCUCAGCUGUGCAGCUCUCUUCCUGUUCGUAACAUUCUCCAUUUAUACUUUUGGGCUGGCUGUUUCCCUUCAGCGCAAUGAUUCUUAUGUUGGGCGAUUUACAAAGAUGACGAUGCGGGCACAUCGCAAGCGCCUCUUGAAGUUGUCAUGUGGAGCACUGGUACUUGUUGUUAUCUUUAAGUUCGCAUCCGACAAAUCCGUCUUCUCCAUGCGACUUUUGACAUCGAUGAAGGCCGUGGCAGUGGGGUAUGGCCGGCGUUCAGCGCUCAGCCAGGAAGCAGAUGACAGCCUCUCCACCAGCCUCUGUCCUCUCGGCACCGAAACUCGUGACGUGUACAGCAGAAGACGACGACGUAGCGACGACGCCUGCUUUGCCAGCGCGGAAGGACGCGUGUACCGUAUGGUGCAACACGCGGACAGCCGCACUGCCUACUGUGUCAUUCCCAAGGCGAGCUGCACCUUCUGGCUGAGUGUCUUCCGCUGGUUGAACGAGGACACGUACAGCGUCAGCUACUCCAACCCACUUAGCCUCACCCGCCGUCAAGUGCAGAAUCGCCCCGAGAAAAUGCGUGUUUAUGCGUUCAACGCCACAAACUCGCCCGCUUUCCUGGAGAACCGCUUCCGGUUCAUGUUCGUACGUGACCCUUACAGUCGCCUGUGGUCUGCCUACGUGGACAAGUUUCUCUUGCCCAAUUUUUGGAAGAUGUACGGCUGGCGAAUAGUGCAGCGGCGGCCCUGGAACCACACGGCCGACGAGCGGUGCGCCAGGAACAUUAGCUUCUCGGAAUUUCUGGAUUACGUCACCAGCACCGCGCCAGGGUCACUGAACGAGCAUUUCGCCCCCUACCGCUUGCUAUGCAGCCCCUGCGUGUUCCGGCCUCACGUGAUCGGCAAGAUGGAGACCUUCGGAGAGGACGCGCGCUACGUCUUGCAACAGUUGAACCUCUCUCGCUUUGCGAGUGAGUUCUCGAGUUACGACAAGCACGCGCGGCACGAGAUGACCAUGCUGAUAGAUGAUGUCUAUCUCGUGUACGAGGAAUCAUUCUUCAAAUUUUGCACCAACACCACAGACCUGGCUGCUCGGCUGUGGCAGGUUCUCCAGAUCAACGGCUACCUGCCCAGUGACAUUGCGUUUCCCUGGAAUAAAAAUAAACACGUCAACAAACACGCCUUGAAGGAACUCGUGCUGGAAGUUUAUAGCAGACAUCCGAAUAGAGACGAGCACGUUCAGAAAAUUCAGAAGGAACAAAGUCUGGUAAACGGGUACCGUACGGUUCCUGACGACAUUUUGGCAAAAGUACGAGAACUUUAUGCACUGGAGUUCAAAAUGUUUGGUUAUGACCCUUUUCCAGAAAAGUUGUACGGAUAUAGAAACACUUCGAUGACGAAUCUGGAUUUUCCUUUUCGUGAAUGAUAUCAAGUCGACGAUUUGAGGUAAUCUCAAAUGGAAUUGAGUUCAGCUACAGUUUAAUCAAAGGCAGUGGGAUAAAAGUGGUGUUGAAGUUACUGCGCUAUUGCUACUGGUUCUGUUGGCAGGAGCUAGAUGCUGAGAAAGGACUGCGUGCCCGAAACGAGAUCUGAACCUGGGAUAACCGCGCCCCGCUGUGUUGAUGACCGGAACUAAGCUAUUACGCUAACAAACUGUCCAAACUUUAAUCAAAAAAAAAAAAGAAAAGAAA